AUGCGAGUGGAGCCUACAGUUGUCACUUACGCCGCUGUGAUCGCCUCCUGCGAAGCGGGCGGCCGCUGGCAGCUGGCCUUGGAUUUCCUUCGCGAGAUCCGCCAUCGCAAGCUCCAGGGUAAUCUCGUUGCAUUCAAUGCUGCAGUGAGUGCCUGCGAAAAGGCGAGCCAAUGGACCUGGGCUUUGCAAAUUCUGGAGGAUGUGACCUCAUUCGCACUGCAGCCCAAUGUCAUCACAUGCAGUGCGGCGAUCAGUGCUGGUGAGAAGGCCGCAGAGUGGGCGCCAGCCCUGUCGGUCUUAGAAGAUGCAAGGAGCCAUAAGCUCCGGCCAAAUCUCGUGGCAUAUAACGCCUUCUUGGGGGCUUGUCAGAAUGCUUGGCAGUGGGAGAGGUCCUUGGCAACACUUGCUACAUUGGAUGCUGACGUUAUCUCACUGACUUCGGCAGUGAGUGCAAGCGGAGAUGCCUCUCAGUGGCCAAGGGCUGCAGGAAUGUUUAGGGAGAUGCACUGGAGGCAGAUUGAGUCGGACUUCUCGUUCCUGAGUGCCACCACUUCGGCCAAAGCGGUUGCAAGCAGCUGGCAGAAAGCAGUUGAGAUGCAAGAGAUCUUGGUGUUGAUGCAUCAAACGCCUGGAAUCGGCUUCUUCAACUCCUUGCUUCAUGCAUGCCACCAGGGUAGCGCCUGGCUGCAGAGUGUUCAACUGCUCACGGAGGAACGCCGCUUUGGUGCUCGGCCAGACGAGCUGGGCCUCUCCGCAGUGCUAUUGGGCUGCGUGUCACAGCGAGCCUUCCGCGCAGCACGGAGGUCAGACCAGGCACCCUGCGAAGUGGGCAUCUCAGGUGAGCAGGUGAAAGACCUCCUUUGGGCCUGUAGAGGCCGGGAAUUCGUCUUUUCGGAGCCGCUUCCGUGGGCAGUGGCCGUGACACGAGCCGGCCACGGUAAGGAGCCGCAGGCGGCGGUGGCAAAGGCCCCUGGGGUGCCACCGCGAUUCAACAACCACCAUGGAAUCAAAGGAAUGAACAGUAUGACAAGCGUUCUACUUGCUGUAUCCAUGGAAAAGCUGGAGAUGCGUUUGGUGUAUUCCUACAAAGCCUCCGUAUUUGAGAUCACGAAUAUGACCCGGAUGACCAUGCAGCUGGUCAAAGAUGAACUUGGUCAGGAGCGCCCUGUCGAGCCAGCUGAUACGACGGCCGCAGACGUUGCCGCACAAGUCGCCGCCCAAAGGAUCGAAGAGCCCGUUCCUCCGCGGGAGCGCCGGGAGCGCAGGGCAUCCGAAGAGUCCGAGGAUGUGGUGCAAAGCCUGAAGUCCACCUUUGAUAAGGAGAUUUUCGACCACCACGAUGGCGAUGGCUCCGGUCGCUUGAGUUUCGAUGAGAUCAUCAAGGUCAUUGAGACCUUGAUGGAGGAGCAAGUGCCCGACGAGGACACUGUUAAGAACCGCAUCCAGUCUGGACAAACCAAGCAGUUUGUCCCUCAUGGACUCUUCGACUUGAACUUCGAAGACUUCCUUGUGUGGUAUUCGCCUCUUGAACGGAAAGUGCUCGGGCAUCGCUUGCGUUCCUUUUCGGUGCAGGAGAAGCGGAUGCGAAAUUUGGCCAAGCUCAAUGGCCUAGAUGCUUUGUGCAUGGAUCGUGUCGAUGAGGAGGAGUUCGAGAACGUUUUGCGAGAAGCCAGCACGACCUGCUUCUUCUGGAGGGAGAUCGAUGAAGAUGAGUCUGGCAAGGCAACUUUCGUGGAGUUCUUGAACUUCUGGUCUAGCCGGCACGAUGAGAUGGUUCUUUUUGCCUUGAUGCGUCGCUUUGGCCAGUCAGAGGCUCAGGGCGAGUGA